CUGGGCUUUGCAGUUCAUUUCGCCGUUGGAGGCACUGUUAGCGCUUCUUUGUCGUUUCUUUUGUUGUUUUUUCAGGUUUAAUGAUGUCCUCAGGCGGUGUGGUCGCAGAAAAUCGUAACGAAGGAAACAAGCGGCUGUCGUGUCCAGUGUACGGCUGUAAAAGAGUUUAUAAUGAUGCUAACUCUCUACAAACCCACGUAAAAGAGCAUGAGAUCCCCGCACAGUCUCUGCCAGGUAAAACCAUGAUGUGUUCGAUGAUCGGCUGCGGUGGCUCAUUCCCAAACAUGCAGAAACUGAUGCAGCACCUGAGACACCACCACAAACCAAACGUCUACUUCCUGUGCGAGAGCUGUCACGCCAAACUGCGAUCGUACCGUGGACUCCUCCAUCACCUGCGCUCCUGCUCCAAAGCACCCAAACCCAAGAUAAACCUCACCCCCUCUCCCUCCGCCUCCUCUACACCUCCUGCCCCGAUGGAAGUAGACCCAACGAAACCAACAGCGCCCCCACAGGACAAUCUGAGCCCCGCACCUCCUCCACCACAACAACUUCAGCCCAUCCCAACCCCACCCAACCACCCACCUGUCCCCCCACAGUCCAACGCCCCCGCUCCCCCCGCUCCAAACAGCGACCUGGCUCCACCUCAUUUAAUUCAACAUAUCAUAGACUCAACAGUGAACGCUUUAUUUUCAAAAGACAACCAGCAGCUCGGUCCAAACCUGGAGACGCAGCCCAGAGCGAGCCCACCCGAAGGUCAAACUCACCAGAGACCGAAAACACCAGAAAACUCAGAACCGAUGAGAGUAAGUCCACAGACUCCCACCGCAAACGUCUGGAGAGCCGGUCAAGGCGCCUCCCUUGAGAAACGCAUUCUCUGGCAGCACACCAGGGGGCGCUACACGUGCGUCCAGUGCGGUCACACGGUCACAAACAGAAAAGAGAUGACGGAGCACAGCGCACUUCACAACGACACCCUCGGCCUAGCGGAGGAAACCACGAGCGCGGCAACAACCAGCAGCUAGUUUAAUGGGUUUGAAUUUGACGAAAUGUGGAGAAAAAUGUCCAAGAUCUUCUGAUUAAAAGUUAUAAAUGAAAGAACGGGUUUUAACACCGAAAAGAAAACACUUUAAUACGAAGAGAUAGCUGCACAGAAUGUGACCACACCGCUCUUUUAUAGGUGUGUGGUGGAAAAAAAAAAUUGUGGGGAGUUUGUAGUGAAUUUACUUUACAUAAUUUGGGGAAAAUAAUCAAAAUUGGCACAAAA